AUUUUGAAGGCGGUCCUUAUGGUCUUUACAACUUGUGGCCUUUGCAGGAAACGGGUGGAAGACUAUUUGAAAAUGAUUGCUGCAAGUUUUCGUGACUGUCAGGCUUGGAAAGCUGAGGGUUUACCUCUGUCCACCACCAGCAAUGAGGCCUGCAAAAUGUAUGAUGCUAUUAUUACACAGUAUGUUCAGUGGCGCAAUGAUCCCACCUUGGGCGGUAUCGAGGGUUGCAUCGCUGCGGUUCAGGCUGCAGAUCCAGACUUUGUGAUGGGUCACGUGAUCAACACAGGCCUGGAAUUGGUUGGCACGGCGUCGUCGGUGGAGCGAAAUGAGCGUCUGGCCAGUGCCGUAAGACGGACGGUGGAACUGGCCAAGACCCAGGAAAUCACACCUCGAGAGAGACAGCAUGUUCGGGCCAUGGAGCUGUUCUCCAGAGGAGCUCUGUCCAAAGCCUGUGACGUGUGGGAGGAGAUUCUGGUGGAACACCCCACAGACAUGCUGGCUCUCAAGUUUGCCCACGAUGGCUUCUUCUACCUGGGUUACCAGACCCAGAUGAGGGACUCCGUGGCCAGAGUGUUGCCCUAUUACAAACCCCACACACCCCUGUCCAGCUACCUGAAGGGCCUCUACUCCUUUGGCCUUCUUGAAACUCACUUCUACGAGCAGGCUGAGAAAGUGGCCAAAGAAGGGCUGGCCUUGGCACCGAACGACGCCUGGUGUGUCCACUCUGUGGCCCACGUCCAUGAGAUGAAAGCCGAGGUGGACAAGGGGCUCAACUUCAUGCAGUCCACAGAAAAGGACUGGGAGGGAUGUGACAUGCUUGCCUGCCAUAACUACUGGCACUGGGCGCUUUAUCACAUUGAAAAGGGGGAGUACGAGGCGGCCCUGAAGAUCUACGACAGCCAGGUGUCCCGGCGGUGUGUGUCCACAGGUGCCAUGUUGGACACAGUGGACGCCUGCUCUCUUCUCUACAGGCUGGAGAUGGAGGGUGUAAGUGUGAAAGAUCGCUAUCGUGAGAUGCUGCAGGUGGUUGAGCCUCACAGUGAGGAUCAUACUCUACUUUUUAACGACCUGCACUUCCUUAUGGUGUCACUGGGGGGCGGCGCCACUGACUGCACCCACCGUCUGUUGGACAGCUUGAGGGAGAGAGCUCGAGACCCAGAGGAGAAUCACCAGUACCAGCUGGCGGAGGGCGUGGGUCUGCCCAUGUGCCAGGCGCUGGUGGAGUACGACCAGGGCAACUACGGCCGCGUGGUGGAGCUCCUGCAGCCGCUGCGCUACCGCAUCAGUGACAUAGGGGGCAGCGAUGCGCAGAGAGAUGUAUUCAACCUGCUGCUCCUGCAUGCUGCCAUCAAAUCUCAGGACAAACACCAUCAGAAGUAUGCCAGGUCCCUACUGGUGGAGCGGAAUGCCUUACGGCCGAACUCUCCCCUUACUGACCGCAUGAUGGAGAAGUUCUCUGCCCUGCAUGUUUAACUGAUGAAGCCAAACUGUGAAAUUGAGGCAUCUCACAUUUCGUAAACAAAAAUCUUUUUUGACAACUUUCAUGACUUAGGUCAUAAUGCUUAUAGCCUAAGCAGCACGUCUGAUGUAAGCUGUAGCUUCAUGUAAACCUCAUCUCUAAAACUUCACACCAUCUUGCUCACCUUGUAGUGAGGUGAUAAUUAGAUAGAGAUAAUGUAAUGUGUAAUUUAUGGAUUUUAUUAGAGGUCCCUCAAAAAAGUGAUUGAAGGACACAGAGAGACUUCUUUUUUUAGCUGAGCAUAUUUUAUUACCAAAUGAACAUCAAUGACAAAUACAAUCUAUGUAUCUAUAUUGAAAAGUUUCAAUAUAUACAAUAUUGUCAAAUAUUCACAAAUGUUUAAUAAAUAAUAAUUAGCA